AUGGAGCUGAGAAAGAGGGAGGAACCGCUCCCAGGGCGAGCGUUAUUUGUGAUACUGCUCCUCUGCGUGUCGGCGGGGAGAGCAGAAACCGCCCGGUACUCUGUGCCCGAAGAGGCGGCAAGAGGCUCCCUUGUGGCAAAUAUCGCUAAGGAUUUGGGACUGACCGCUGAGGAAUUGUCGACUCGACAGGUCCGACUCGUUCCUGAAGGAGAAAAACAGUAUUUUCAACUGGAUCGGCACACCGGGGAUUUGGUUGUGCGAGAACAGAUGGAUCGGGAGGAGCUGUGCGGGCAGAGCGAGCCAUGCCUGGUACGUUUCGAUGUGUUGUUGGAGGGUCCACUGCAGUCCUUCCGCGCCGAGGUAAGCCUCACAGACAUUAAUGAUCAUGCUCCCGUGUUCUUAAAUAAAGAGAUAAUUUUAAAGAUCUCGGAAACUACAAAGCCGAAAGCUCGUUUUUUACUGGAAAGUGCUCAGGAUCCAGAUGUGGGCAACAACAGUGUUCAGCAUUACAGCAUCAGCUCGAACGGUUAUUUCCAUGUCUACACCCGGCAGCGUAGUGACGGCAGGAGGCACGCCGAGCUUAUGUUGGACAGAGAGCUAGACCGGGAAAAGCAGGCAGAAGUGGCUUUCAGCAUCACGGCUGUGGAUGGUGGGUCUCCACCGCGCUCUGGUACAGCCGUAAUCCGCGUGGUAGUCCUGGAUGCAAAUGACAACAUUCCAGUAUUUACGCAGAGCCUGUAUAAGGUCCGAGUAUUAGAAAAUAGCUCCGAGGAUACCUUGGUGGCAGUGGUGUCUGCUAAAGAUUUAGAUUCAGGAAUGAACGGGGAAAUAGCCUACUCCAUAGUUCAAAAUUCAGAGGAUAAUCGAGAGACCUUUAAAAUAAAUCCAGAGACAGGGCAGAUUAGACUCAAAAAAACACUGGAUUAUGAAGAAACAAAGACUUACGAGAUAGACGUGCAGGCCACGGAUGGAGGAGGCCUGUCUGCGAACUGCAAGGUGGAGGUGGAGGUGCAGGACGUGAACGACAACGCCCCCGAAGUAACAAUCACCUCCCCCACCAGCAGCCUCUCCGAAGCGGCCCCGCCGAACACGGUGGUGGCCCUCUUCAGCGUGCGGGACCGGGACUCAGGGGACAACGGCAGGACGAGUUGCGAGCUGCUGGGCGAGCAGCCCUUCAGCAUUUUGCCGCUGGUGGGUGAAGCGUACGCGCUAGUGACAUUGGAGGCGUUGGACCGGGAGGAGGUGUCGGGGUACAACGUGACGGUGCGGGCCAGUGACGCGGGUACUCCUGCGCUCUCAACAUCGGAGACGCUGUUGGUGCGGCUCUCGGAUGUGAACGAUAAUGCGCCUACCUUCUCCCAGGCCGUUUACAGCAUGGUGCUACGCGAAAACAAGCCCGCUGGGACGAUCCUGGGCCGCCUUAAUGCCACGGACGCCGACACAGGUGAAAACGCCCGUGUGAGCUACAUGUUGGUGCCGACUCCACUGGGGGUCUCCGCUGCGCGGUCCUUCUUGUCGGUGGAGGCCGAGAGCGGCAUAGUGCGGGCUCUGCGUCCAGUGGACUACGAAGAGGUGCACGCCUUCGAGGUGACCGUGCGCGCCGCUGACGGGGGCUCGCCGGCGCUCAGCGCCGAGGCGCUGCUGCGGGUGCUGGUGCGGGACGAGAACGACAACGCGCCCGUCGUGCUGCACCCGCCUCCCGACGGCAGCGCGGCGGCGGGCGAGCUGGUGCCGCGCUGGGCGCAGGCGGGUUACCUGGUGGCCAAGGUGGUAGCAGUGGACGCGGACGCGGGGCAGAACGCGUGGCUGUCCUACGAGCUGGCCAAGGCGACGGAGCCGGGGCUCUUCCGCGUGGGGCUGCACAGCGGCGAGGUGCGCACGGCGCGGGCCGUGACCGAGCGCGACGCGCCCAGGCACAGGCUCGUCGUGCUGGUGCGAGACCGCGGGCAGCCGCCGCGCUCCGCCACCGCCACCCUCGCCAUCGCCCUGGUGGACGGCUUCUCUGAAGCCUUCCUGCAGCUUUCGCAGGCUCCCGCGGGAAUCCCGCAGCAGGAGGAGGGCGACCACGACCUUCUCACCACCUGCCUCAUCGCCUCCCUCUGCUGCGUCUCCUCACUCUUCCUUGUAUUCGUCGCCGCCUUUUCGGGGACCACGCUGUGCAAGGGUCGCCUCUGCCCGGCGCUCCCGAACUCCUCGGCCCGCAGCUCUGCUGACAGCGACUUGACCGCCGAUGCCAGGGACGUGGCCGGCAGGGGAGACCUGUGGCCGGGUUACCACUACGAGAUGUAUUUGACCAGCGGCUCGGGGCAGAGCGACUUCAAGUUCCUGAGGCCCGUCCUGCCGAGUCCGCAGAGUCCACCAGGCUGCGCGGAGGCUGGCAAGGGCGAUAUGCUUGAGUGCAGCCCGCAGCGCGCUGGCCAGAAGGGAGCCGAGCAGGGGACAGCAGCCCCUCCGUCGCUCUAA